AUCGAACUCUCGAGGCGACGAAGCCGGAAAAGCAAUCUCGUCAAACGCACUGCGAUUGAAAAUUCGCCAUGCCGAAGAACAAGGGAAAGGGUGGUAAGAACAGGCGUCGUGGAAAGAACGAGAACGACAACGAGAAGCGAGAGCUCACUUUCAAGGAAGAGGGUCAGGAAUAUGCUCAGGUCCUGAAGAUGUUGGGCAACGGUCGUUUGGAGGCACUCUGUUUUGAUGGCUCGAAGCGGUUGGCUCACAUUCGAGGCAAGCUGCGGAAGAAGGUCUGGAUCAACCAGGGAGACAUUAUUCUUCUCUCCCUACGAGACUACCAAGACGAGAAGGGUGACGUUAUCCUCAAAUACUCCGCCGAUGAGGCCCGUUCACUCAAGGCCUAUGGCGAACUACCAGAGAGCGCCAAGAUCAACGAGACCGACACAUACGGAGGAGAGGAAGAGGGUGGUAUCGGCUUCGAC